AUGGAGAAGAAGAAUAAGACCAAUCAUGGAAAUGAUGGGCAUGAUUGUGUUCUUCCUAUCCAUAGCCAAGUCGUGAAGAUCAAGAAAGAGUUUGAGAAGAUACAUCAGCCUGAGAUGCCUAGAGUACUUCGAGAGAUCACGAGUCCACGGCGUUCCCGUUCUCCCCUCGGCUUAGGAGAGAGAGACAGGCCAAUCUUCGUAGGGAAUUGAUAACAAAGAGAGAGAGAUAAAGAUAGGUGAUCCUUUGUGUAUUAGAGUUUCUCUUUAUCUUUCAAUGUAAAUAUCUUUGGUUAAUGUAACGAGUUUCCUAUUCUAAUC